CACUCGCGUCUUCCUCCUCGCCCUCGGACUCUCCGCCCCGACCGCGGCGAACUCCGAUCUCCCGCCGCCGCCGACCGCCGUAUUUGCCGCUGUUCCGGUAAGCCGCUGCAGCAGCAGAUUUCUUCCAUGGCCGCGGAGGAGGGGCAGUGGGUGCUCAUGGCCACCGGCCGCUCUCCCACCAACAUAGCCGUCAUCAAGUACUGGGGGAAGCGGGACGAGGCGCUCAUCCUCCCCGUCAACGACAGCAUCAGUGUCACCCUCGACCCCGACCAUCUCUCCGCCACCACCACGGUCGCCGUCAGCCCUUCCUUCCCCUCCGACAGGAUGUGGCUCAACGGCCAGGAGAUCUCCUUAUCAGGUGGGAGGUUUCAGAGCUGCCUGAGGGAGAUCCGCAAGCGUGCUCAAGAUGUUGAAGAUGAGAAGGGGAUUAGGAUCAAGAAAGAGGACUGGGAGAAGUUACAUGUACACAUAGCAUCGUACAACAACUUCCCCACUGCUGCUGGUUUGGCCUCUUCAGCUGCUGGCUUUGCUUGUCUUGUUUUCACCCUUGGAAAGCUAAUGAAUGUCAAAGAAGAUUAUGGGGAACUUUCUUCCAUAGCAAGGCAAGGGUCUGGAAGUGCAUGCCGCAGUAUCUAUGGUGGAUUUGUGAAAUGGUGUAUGGGAAAAAAUGAUGAUGGAAGUGACAGCAUAGCUGUACAGCUUGCUGAUGAGACACACUGGAAUGAUCUUGUUAUUAUCAUAGCAGUGGUCAGUUCAAAGCAGAAGGAAACGAGUAGCACUAGUGGGAUGCGAGACAGUGUUGAAACAAGUCCCCUUUUGCAAUAUAGGGCCCAGACUGUAGUUCCAAAUCGGGUGUUGAAAAUGGAAGAGGCUAUCAAAUCUCAUAAUUUCGAGUCCUUUGCCAAGUUAACUUGUGCAGAUAGCAACCAGUUUCAUGCUGUAUGUUUGGACACGAGCCCGCCCAUCUUCUAUAUGAAUGAUACAUCACACAGGAUAAUUAGCCUUGUGGAGAAGUGGAACCACUCGGAAGGAACCCCACAGGUUGCGUACACAUUUGAUGCUGGGCCUAAUGCUGUCCUAAUUGCACCAAACCGCAAGAAUGCUGCACUUCUCCUUAAGAAGCUCUUGUAUUGUUUCCCUCCUCAAGAUAAUGAUCUCAGCAGCUAUAUGGUUGGUGACAAAUCAAUCCUAAGUGAUGCCGGAGUGAAAUCGAUAGAAGAUGUCGAGGCUUUGCCGGCUCCUGCAGAGAUGAAGACCCCGAGCCAACAAUUCAAGGGAGAUGUUAGCUACUUCAUCUGUAGCAGGCUUGGAGCUGGCCCAAAAGUUGUCACGGAUGAAAGCCUAGCAUUGAUCGAUUCCUUCACUGGCCUUCCGAAAGGAGUGUAGCUGAAACUAUUCAUUUGGAGAGUUUGUAAUGAGAAUGCAAGCAAAUCGAACUUUUGUAGAGUAAUAAACACGGUUUUGGUAAUGUAAUUUUUCUCCUGCUGACAUUGGUUGUUGUUCUGCUUCAAGGACAAUCCUAGUAAUAAGACAAGAUGAAAUAAAUUGAUCAAGUCAUGUU